UAAACAUUUUGAAAAUGUCUGAACCAGAAGUUAGUCGCGAAAAGUUUACUAAUAAAUUUGAAUACUUCUUGACUUCACUCAGUUAUGCCGUGGGUUUGGGUAAUGUCUGGCGAUUCCCGUAUUUGUGUUAUUCAAACGGUGGAGGCUCAUUCUUUAUACCAUAUCUCUUGAGUCUAGCAUUAAUUGGUUUCUCCUUUUUUGUAUUGGAGUCAUCGAUGGGUCAGUACUCAAGCGAGGGUCCGAUGACUGUGUGGAAAAUAUCGCCAAUGUUUAAAGGAAUCGGAGUUGCAAUGUUUGUAAUGAAUACAUACGUUGGCAUAUACUACAACAUAAUAGUGGCAUGGGCUAUUUAUUUCAUAUACGCCACAUUCACCGCUCUGCCGGGUGUGCCCUGGAGUACGUGUGAU